AUGGAAUUCUCCGCCAGGCCAAGUCCACGAACGGUCAACAAGGAGGCCGACGUCUCAAAACGCAGCUGCACUCGAUGCAAUCAGAAAAAGCUCGGUUGCGACCGAAACCACCCCUGCGGCCGCUGCUUGAAAGCUGGGGCUGAAUGUCUCUACCCAGGAAACAAGCGAGCACCACGGAAGUUGAAACGUCCUCCGAUAUCUGAGAUUAUUGACCAGCUUGGGGAGCUGCAGGAGGAGGUCGAGCGGCUACGGUCAGCUUCUGGUGUGCCCUCGGCUGAGCCUGUCGGACAUUCGCCUCAGCCGGGUCAUGGCAUCGAUCAUCACGGUCGUAUUGAGUGGCAAGAAACCGCAAAAGGUAGACUGGUGGUUAGUGGUGGAAGAAGUUGGUAUGUGGGUGAUGAGGCCUCGGUUAUUCUUGGGGACAAGAUUCAAGAGCUACGAGAGCUAUGUGAUGGGCACUCUGACGAGGAGAGUAUGGCGCAUGCCUCUAGCCCUUCUACGAAACCAAUGACUCUGGUAGCGACCAAAGGGUUUGAUCAAACUGCGAACCCGAAUGUAGAUAACAACCGGUAUCUACAACUGCCACGAAUUCAGACAUUAUGGCGGAUCUACCAGGAAAACGUCGCGCCAAUGAUCGCCAUUCUGCAUGUUCCGUCAAUCAGUGCUAAGCUGGGAGAAAGUUGUGCAGAAUCCGAGUCAGAAUUGGAGCCUGGGUAUAAAGCUUUGCUCCUAGCAGUUGGGUUCGCUGCCGUGGUGAGCAUGACGACGCAGCAGUGCCUGUCCGUCCUGGGCGAGGAUCAUGAUGCCUGUAUUCACGAGUACAGGGUUGUCGCGGAGCAGGCUCUGGCAGAGGCCAACCUGGUCAGCACCACGGACAUGCAAGUUCUACAAGCUGCAGUCUUGUUUCUGUUGUGUCUGCGCCGAUGUGCUGACUUGCAGCUCAUUUGGGCUCAAGCCGCGAUCGUGGUUCGCGUUGCGCAGCGCCAGGGACUUCACCGCGAUGGCCAGCAACUGGGACUGGCCCCAUUCGAAACGGAGAUGCGCCGCCGCCUAUGGUGGCACAUUUGCAUUCUCGACAUGCUCUGUUCGGAGGACCAGGGAACUGACACGCAGAUUUGGCCGGGGAUGUUUGACACUAAGCUUCCCACGAACAUCGACUGUAACGACCUCACACAAAAUAUGCCUUCUCUGCCCCUUCCACAGAAAGGCUACACCGAUAUAGCAUUAUGCAUUAUUCAGUGCGAGAUUAUGCCUGUUUUGCAUUGGUUCGGCAAGUAUGUAGGCCAUAACGCACAGCAGGCAUCUUCUUCUGAGAAGGAGGAGCUCCUAUCGCACCUUGCGAAUCGUUUUGAAACCGAAUACCUGCAUAAUCUCGACUUCGACAACCCAAUCGAAUGGCUAACAGCCGUUAUUGUGCGCCUUACGCUCUCCAAGGCCUGGUUAGUGCAUCGUAUCAGCACGUCAACAGCGCACCAAGGCCCCGACGCGGCGGCAGCAAACGAUGAAAUAUUCACCAUGGCCAUUGAGAUCGUCAAGUUUGCGAUGUUGCUUGAGAGCAACAAGACCACCACGCAGUGGGCUUGGCUUGCCGGUACCUACAAGCAACGGCACGUCGUGGCGUUCAUCCUGUCCGAGCUCUGCGAGCGGCAAAUUACGCCAGAAACAGAUUAUGCCUGGGGCGUUGUUAGGCAGUUAUAUGACAAGUGGGUACGUGAGGGUACGCCGAGCAAUGCGAUGCUGCAAGAGCCCUUGAAGCGCUUGAUGGAGCGCGCGGCUCGUUCGCGCGACCAAAAGACUCACUGA